GCUGGUGCCCUGGAGAAGCUCGAAGGCUUUGCCAGCCACCACGGUCCCGACUUUUACGGUCUGCCCCGCAAUAGCGGCACAGUCACACUGGUGCAGCGGCCCUGGAUCAUCCCGGAGCACUAUGGCUUUGGCAGCAGCACAGUGGUGCCCAUGUGGGCAGGGCAGGAGAUCGGGUGGGAUGUGGAGGCAUGA